UCGAAUUCGAUAGUUUUUGUUAGUGUCAAUGCUUAAUGUGUCAUUACUAGGCCUAGUCAUUACUACUGUUACUGUGUAGUGUGUAUGUGCCAGUGCAUUUACCAAAUCCUUUAGAAUGCAUAAAUACGUGCUGCAAAUUUACACAGAUAAAAAGCGUUAAUUAGCCACUUGACACUUGCUGUUCUUCCAAACUCAUUCCAUCCGUAAAGUUGCAAAAGCAAGAUUUUGACAUAAAAAGUGAAUGUAACGGAGCAAAGUAAGAUCAGAUAAAAUUCUGUUACAUAAAUAAGAGCUUAGAGCACUUUUUAAUUUUAUUUACGUUACGAGUUUUGAUUUCGUUUAUAUGGUUUUUGUUUGCACAAAUUAUGCGAUUUCGUGUGGCAAAGAAGCGUAUCUUAAAAAGGACUUCAAGUUUGUGGAAUAAAUAUAUAAUUCAGAGUAGUUACUAACAAAAAUGCAAGCAAGGUACUUGUAUUUAACUGCAAUGCUACCUAUCAUCGUUGCUGAUUUAUGGUAUAACGGAAUACUUUUGCUAUGGACUAUGAAAGUGUCAAUUUGCAUCUACAUCUUCCUAUUUGGAAUACUUCCCCUUGUAUUCCGGUAUUCAUAUCAAGUUCAAAAGAAAAUAUUAUUCCUUAAUUUUGUACAUUGGCCCCUUGGUCUUGACCUUACUAAACCAGAAAAUGUUAGAAUUGAAGGAGCAAGGAAUUUCUAUCUAACUACAGAUGAAAAAGUAAAGAUUGGUGCAUGGCAGAUAUUACCUCAGUCUUUACUGAAUCAGAGCAUUCCCAAAAAUGAAGAAGUUUAUGAAGCACUUUUGAAAAGUGCAAACAGACCAGUAUUUUUAUACAUGCAUGGAAAUAGUGGAAACAGAGCUAGUAGUCAUAGGGUUGAGCUUUAUCAAUUAUUUCAAAAACUUGAUUUUCACCUCAUAUGUUUUGAUUAUCGAAGUUAUGGAGAUAGUGAUAAUGUUGACCUUUCUGAAAUGGGAGUUGUUAAUGACAGUAAAUUCGUACUUGAAUGGCUAAUAAAAACUGUAAAUAAUUCUGCUCCAAUUUUCGUAUGGGGUCAUUCUCUUGGAACUGGAGUAUCAUCUCAUGUAUUAGCACUACUAGCUAGUAAUGGAAUACAGCCUACAGGAUUAAUUUUGGAAUCUCCAUUUAAUAAUCUCGCUGAUGAAAUUACAGAGCAUCCAUUUUCUCAAAUAUUCCAACAUUUACCUUGGUUUCAUUGGGUGAUUGUACAGCCUUUAUAUGAUAAUGGUUUAAGAUUUGAAUCUGACAAGCACAUAGGAAAAAUUCAGUGUCCUAUUAUGAUUAUACAUGCUGAAGAUGACAAUGUUGUUCCUUUUAUUUUGGGUGAAAAGCUUUUCAAUGCUGCUAAAGUCCUUCAUAAAGAUAGUAUGCAGCGGAUAGAAUUUGUGAAAAUUGAUUCUUCUUACGGUCUUGGGCAUAAGUAUAUAUGCCGUUACAACAACUUACCAUCUAUAAUUAGAAACUUUGUCAAUCAAUCAUCAGAAGGACAAAAAUAUAUACAUUAUUAAUAGAAUUUUAGAACAAUUCAAAUGUCUCUAAAAUGAAUACUAUUUUAGAAUGAUGGUCUCAGAAUCAAAUAAUCAAAAUAAACUUUCAUGACUGUGUGGCAGCAAAUAUGUGAUGUUAUAUUGUGUUUAAAAAUGAUUAAACACAGUAUUUAAUAUGUUAGUCACAUGUAUUAUUCAUAAUCGUAAUUUAUGUACACAUAUAUAUUUGUCUUACAUAUUCAUGAAGUAAUCUGAAUAAAUCAUGAAAUCUGUCUAUAUUAAAUUCAUCAAAGCUGCUAUGAAAUGAGAUUGAGAUGAAUGUUUGAUAGUGAACAUUAGUACAUGUAAUAUCGUAAUUCCUUUUUUACAAAACAUUUCGAUAUGAGAUUAUUUUAUUUGUAUAAAAUAUAAAUUACAAUCUUAAUAUAUUACAUUUUUU